AUGAUAAACCAGCCCCACCCCCAUGAGCUGGUGUGCUUUAUAGUGCUUUAGACAUGAGUUUGCUAUUGCUAGACUCCUGCUAGUACAAUGGAUUUUCAAGUCAAUCUUUUGCUUCUAGCAUUAGUAUUCUGUUCUUUGACAAAAUGUCAGGCUCAAACCUGUGGUGAUAUUGGGACCAAUGCUCAGGAGUUCACUGAGAGCAGAGAACAGAAUUUCUUCCUCAACACUCAAGAUCCUGCUCCGUGUGACGGGACAAUCGAUCAGUUUGAGUACUGCUAUUACCUCACUGACCAGGUCUCAGCACGUCAUCUGUUUACAUUCGCUGUGUAUAGGGAAACAAACCCAGGGAGUAACGCAUACACUCCAAUUUCUGAUCCAUUCAACACUGGUACAACUUUUUUCAGUCAUGGAGGGAACAGUUUUACAUGCAUAACAUAUCCAGCUGGCCAGACAAUCCAAGUUCAAGCUGGUGACAUGAUUGGUGCCUGCAUAUACGACCCUCCAAAUGAGGGAGGAAUAACCGGUAGUAGAGUGCAACUUGACGUAGUUGGGCAAGAGGCUGGUUCUGAUCGAUUCCUGAUGUCAGCAACUGAUAACUCAGGAUGUAGUAACUCAGCUGUUCCUGAUUCCGUUAGUGGUCUCAGUAGAGCGGACUCGUUUGUUAUGCACAUCUAUGCAAGUAUUAUUCCUAUACCAACUACCACACCUCCGGCUGUGGCUACUACUACAGUGGUACCAACUCCUAUGAUAUCGGAAAUCCUUACCUCAACAGUUGCUACUCUAAUUGCUGUUGAAACGUCUUCUGUGGCAUCAAUAAUUAUAUCCACCAGUUCAGUAGAGAUUGCAGCACCUGUAUCAUCAACUGUUAGUCCAAUAACAUCAUCGUCUAUGUUGGGAACAUCCACUAUUGUCAUAGCAACAUCGAGUACUGGGACCCCAAUCCCAAGUGUUACCCGAGUAUCAACUGUGGCUUUAACCUCCGGAAAUCUUGCACUACCUACUACUGUUUUAUCUUCUCCAAUAUCAACAAUUACUACAUUGACAACGUCAGUAACUGAUGGAUCAACAACAUCAACUCCAGAUGUGGUAACUUCCUUCACUAUUCCGACAACCACUCAAACAAACACACCUACCACAGAUUCAAUUUCUACAUUGGCAGUUACAAUGGGCACACCAACAUCUACAGGAGUGGCUGUUACCACCCCGACACCUGCCUCAGUCGAAGCUAUAAUGUCGACAAGCACGUCCACUGCUCAACUACUUGCCUCCUCAUUGCAAAAAGCCUCCAGCUCAGUAACAAUCCAGAGCAGUAUGGUACUGAUUGCUACAAGUUCGGUUCAAGCUAAUGGUGAAUCUCCAGAAAAGACCAGCUCCUUGGAGAUCCAAACUACAGCUACUUUUCCACCACCCCAAAGUACCGAAGAAAGUACUAUGGCUACCACGGCUUCCUCUACCACGGCUUCUAGCGGAGGAAUGACUGUGAUCAUUAUUGCCAUUGUCGUAGUGAUUGUCAUAAUUGUCGCUGCUGUAGCUAUUGUAAUAUUUUUCGUAUGGGUCAGAAAACGAAGGAAACGAAAGCAGAUGCUACAGCUAACACCUGGCUUUGUGAAUGUCAUGUACACUACUCGGAAAUCUACUGCUGGUGCAUCCAACGAAGCAGUGGUGAUCAACGAUAUUUAUGAGGACACUAACACCACUGAUGACAAAUUCAAAGAGGAUUUGGAGAGCACUUAUACGUAUGCUAGUGGAACAUAUGAUGUUGCCAUGGGAACCUAUGACGUCCCUACAGCAGUAACCAGUACCAGUCCGUUGUUUGACAGCUCCGCCUCUUAUGCAGAAUGUGGUCCCAAUGAUAAGAUUCGUGCUCAGUCAACGCCUUAUGGAGAUGCUACUGUCAAAUUCUCUGACCUCUUAGGAGAGGAUGACCGGAGGGAAAUUUACGAUCAAUUAAGUCCUUACCAAGCUCCGGCUUCAAAAGAGAAGGAGAUUUACGGACAGCUGAAGUCAUGGGGAACAAGAAGCAUCCCUCGGAGUGAUAUACAGAUUGUUGGUCAUCUGGGAUCUGGGCAAUAUGGAAGUGUGGACCAGGGAAUAUGGAAGGCUCCAAAAGCUGAACCAGUGGAUGUGGCACUCAAGAGUCUCACCAAAGCAUGUGAGGAAGACAGAGUUAAGUUCCUCCAAGAAGCCGCCAUCAUGGCUCAGUUCAGACACCCUAACGUUAUUGAACUUUAUGGCGUUGUAGUACGAGGAACACCUACACUGAUUGUGGGUGAACUUGCAACCAGAGGUGACCUCAGAACAUUCCUUCAUAAACUUAGGAAAAAUGCUCGUGAUCCAAACCUUGCACAGCUGCUUUUGAAGUGCUCGUACCAGGUGGCCCUUGGUAUGGAGUAUCUAUCGGCAAAAGGUUUUGUACACAGAGAUCUGGCUGCUAGGAAUGUACUAGUCACCGAGGAUCACAUAUGCAAGAUUGCUGAUUUUGGAAUGUCCCGAGAUCUUGCUGAUGAGAACUACUACGUUUCACAAGGAACGGAUAAGAUUCCUGUCAAGUGGACAGCUCCUGAGGCCCUUCACUACAAGAAGUACUCGACUGCCAGUGAUGUGUGGUCCUACGGGUGUCUGCUCUACGAGAUAUGGAGUAUUGGGCACAAGCCGCUUGAGGGAAUAACUAACCAAGAGGCUAUUCGACUUAUUGAUUCUGGCAAGCGUCUCUCUCCACCCCCUGGCUGCCCUAAGAUGAUCUACGAGCUCAUGAUACUAUGCUGGCACCCACAGACAAUGGUACGUCCUACAUUUCAGAGAAAUGUGCUGACCUUUGUCGGCAAUGGAGAUACAAUCCUUGAAGUUCCCAAGAAAGACUCCUCCACAAACCCACUGGCUGGAGUAUUGGGAGCUCCAUUGGAGGCCGGGGAGAACAUGUACUCUCAGCUGCAGAGGAGGUACAGGAACUACGACCACAGAGCUGUUGUGGAGACUGAUGAUGACUACUUUAACCCCACUUCUUUUUGAAUUUAAUAUUUAAUGCACACAUUGUUUGUUUGAUUAAUAAUUUCACCUAUA